AUGCUUCGCGGCGCUGAUGUAAAGAGGGCGUGCCGUCGGAAGAAUCUCCUCCCUUUCAUGCUUGUCGUUGGUGGUGAUUUUAUGGUAACUUUAGAAGAUCUGAAGGGUAUGGAUUUGGAUAUUAAUGUUGAUGUGGGUCGGCUAGAUGCCGAACUACUGCAGCUUCCGGAGGUUUCUUCUUUGGCCGUCAAAGCCAACCCUUACGUGGCGGAGAAGCUCUUUGAUCAGUGGCUAUCUCUUUCCGAAACCAAUUCUCUGGUUAAAUCCUUGCUCAAUAAUGCUAAAGGAGCUGGUGCAUUAAAUUUCUGUGGGACGUCAUCCAGCACAAAUGCUACUGCAAGCAAUUCAUUGCCUUCAAUGUUUCCGGCAGGCAGUACUCCACCACUUUCACCAAGAAGUUCAUCGGGUUCACCUCGGAUCACGAAGCAUAGAGCUGGCCUUGGCCUAUCUGCUUUAGGUUCUCCACUGAAAUUAGUGAGCGAGCCAGUGAAGGAGCUUAUACCUCAGUUCUACUUCCUAAAUGGCCGGCCACCUCCAAAUGAAUUGAAAGAACGGUGUUUGUUUAGAAUCAAUCAGUUUUUCUACGGUCAUGUGGAUGGACUCCAAAUGCAUGAAUUCAAACUGGUAACUAAAGAAAUUUGCAAGCUACCAUCAUUCUUCUCUUCUGCACUGUUUAGAAAGAUAGAUGUUGAAGGCACAGGAACUGUGACCAGGGAUGUUUUUGUCAACUAUUGGAUUAGUGGAAACAUGUUGACAAAAGAUAUAGCAACCCAAAUAUACACAAUAUUGAAGCAGCCAGAUGCCAGGCACUUGGCUCAGGAUGAUUUCAAACCUGUGCUUCGAGAACUUUUGGCAACUCAUCCGGGGUUGGAGUUUUUACAGAGUACUCCUGAGUUUCAAGAAAGAUAUGCUGAAACCGUAAUAUACAGAAUAUUUUAUCACGUGAAUAGAUCCGGUAAUGGCCAUAUUACCCUCAGGGAGCUGAAACGUUCUAACUUAAUUGCUGCAAUGCAGCAUGCUGAUGAGGAAGAGGACAUCAACAAAGUUUUAAGGUAUUUCUCUUAUGAGCAUUUUUAUGUGAUAUAUUGUAAGUUCUGGGAGCUGGAUACAGAUCACGACUUCUUAAUCGACAAAGAGAACCUCAUCAGAUAUGGUAAUCAUGCACUUACCUACAGGAUUGUUGAUCGGAUAUUUUCUCAGGUCCCCAGAAAGUUCACCUGUAAUGUUGAGGGAAAGAUGGGAUAUGAAGAUUUCAUUUAUUUCAUAUUGUCAGAGGAAGAUAAAUCAUCUGAGCCUAGUCUUGAAUACUGGUUCAAGUGCAUAGAUUUAGAUGGUAAUGGGAUUAUCACAAGGAAUGAGAUGCAAUUCUUUUAUGAAGAGCAGUUGCACAGAAUGGAGUGCAUGGCCCAAGAGCCUGUGCUUUUUGAAGAUAUUUUAUGUCAGAUAGUUGACAUGAUUCAUCCAGAGAGCAAUGGAGUCUUGCCUUCUAUCCUUGUCAUCCAGAGAUUAAAAAAGUUGCCGAGGCCUGAGGUGAUGCGCUCGCCUCAUCGAAGGGCCACCGCUCGCCUGAAACCACCUGUAUCAGUUUGUCGGGUUCAGAUGAAGGGAAAGCAUGAACCAGUUGUGGGUUUGGACGAGAGCUAUCUUACAUUACGAGAUUUAAAAGGAAGCAAACUUUCAGGCAGUGUUCUCAAUAUCCUUUUUAAUCUUAACAAGUUCAUGGCUUUUGAGACACGCGACCCAUUUCUUAUUCGACAGGAGCGUGAGAACCCAAAUUUGACAGAGUGGGACCGCUUUGCACAUAGAGAAUAUAUCCGCCUUUCAAUGGAGGAAGAUGCAGAAGAUGCCUCCAAUGGAAGUGCAGAUGUUUGGGAUGAAUCACUUGAAGCUCCGUGUCUGUUGAGUCUUCUUUCACUUUGCAUCACACUGGCUGAAAAGCAGGGAAGCAGUAAUUGUGUGGGACAAGAUAGGACUCAAAAUGAUGUGUUUGCCUCAGGAAUUUUAAGUUAAGCAGCCAAGACAUUUUUGUUAUUGCUACAGUGGGGCUCUCUGAAAAUGGCUUGGCCAUUUACAUAUACACAGAUUAUGUUUACCCUACAGUUUUAGCACUUAAAAUAGCACAGUUGUGAUAAUAUGUCUAUUAAUUAUUUCUUGAGUUAUGGUCUCUGUAGGUACUUUUUUUUUUCCUUUUUUUUUUCUUUUCUGCAUAAAACUCCGUCUGUUGUACGGUUUCUUUAAUGAGUUGUAUGACUGAGUGCAUGCAUGCACCUUAGAAUAUUAGUUAGUUGAUUGUUUCGUCUGUCAUUAAUUCAAGUUUGGAGAUAUUUUGGAAGGUGAGAUGUAUGAAUUAUAUGUCAGUGUUAAUUUGAUUGAAACUAACAAUACUAAAUUAAAACAGA